UGAAUGGUGUGAGCCAAAAUACCGCGGUCCAAAUGAAAAUGUUGCCAAGGUAGCAGAAGAGUAAACCUCUUUGAAUUCUAUCUAAGUUAAUUUUUAAGACAUUCCUAACUAUUUAGAUACCUUAGAUUUCUCGUAAGGCAACACAUGCCUUGAAGAUGCCAAAGAAACGGGACGAUGAAGCGACUAAACAGGCGAUCGCCGACAAGGUGAAACAGAUCCAGAGUAAACAAGCAAGAUGGAUGCAGGAGAGGAAGGAGCAGCUGGACCGAGGAGGGGGGAGGCAGCACACCCAGACAGGGGGUACUGCAGGACAGAGGGGGGCGGCCAACAGGAGGGACAAGAAACCUGCUGCACAGUCUACAAAUUCAGCAUAUAUACCCUGGAUUUCCAAGAAUGACAUCGACAAGCAAUUCCAACAAAAGUCCACAAGAUCCCAGCCUCCCAAACCUUCAAGUGCGCCAACAGGGAAGUCAAGAAAACCUGAAACACUUACCAAAACAACAACAGUCCACAAUCACAAUGAAAGAAAAGUACUAACACAGAGGCCAAAAAGUGCCAGCAGAACACUGGAGAGGCCAAAGACGUAUACAAAAGGAUCUUUUGAUCAACUGAACGGCAAUGCAUUGGCUGACGACGUACGACCUACCAGUAAUGGUAGUAAUCAGAAUGCUAGACAGAUAGAGUCAGAGGAUGGAACACAAGAUGAGGAGGAUAUGGUACCUUCCACACAGUCUGACUCUGAAGACAGUACACAUUCCAGUAAUCAGGAAUUCCCUAAGCAGGACAAUAUCUCUUCUGCUAGAGAACCUUUGCACAAACACAAUUUAAAACCCAACAAGGCAGGAAAUGAUGUGGAAAAUGGUGUAAAAGCAACAGAAGUUCAGGCUGACCAAUCAGGAUCGAGAAGUGCCAGGGCUAGAGCGAUGUUGUCCCCAGACAUGUUCGAUGCGUUGGCAGAUCAGAUAGCCAACAGACUGAAGGUGAGAAUGGAUAAACCUGCCAGCAGAGAAGACACAGGAGGAGGUGGGCAAGUCUCGCAGGAAACCAGUAUUGAUACACACAAGUGUCAGGUCUGCUCUUCUCUUAUGGUUCCCCCUGACCAUCGGCCUAUGUUGGUUAUCCCCUGUGGCCACACCUUCUGUAGUGCCUGUGUCAGACAUACAGACACAUGCCCAGGGUGUGGACAGGAAGUGUCAUCCCUCACUUGCAACAUCAUGCUUCAGCAAAUAAUCAUGGAAUACAAAAGCAAGAGAAAACCUAAAACAAGAGACCAUUCAAACCUCCACAUAAGCAGUGCCAAUCACACGUAUGCUCCACAAAAGUACUCAGGCGGCACCAGCAGAUUUGAUUCCUUGGGUGAAGAAAGGAAGACAGUACCCAGCAGUGUAAAAAGGAGAGACCCUGGUUCCCAUGGUGAUGGUAAACAUAAGGGUUUCCAUGGUAACCGAGGUGAGGACUAUGUGGAGAAGUACCACACCCUGACUGUGAGGUGUGAGGUGCUGGAGACAGAGGCUGAUGGGAUCAGGGACAAAAUGGAGGCGGUUGCUAAGCAACUAGAGAGGGAACAGAAACAAGUUGCUGCUAUAGAAAAACAAGAAGAGAGCCUUAGAGAACAGAUCAGGAUGAUAGAAGAGAAAAUCAGCAGUCUCCAGAGCCACAAAGAAGGUUACAGAGACACAUGCGAUGAGUUAGAAGGACAACACUUUAACCUGGCCUCUAAGUUAUCUAUGGUGGAAGUAACUCUACAGUCAUUAACAGUCGAGAGGGAUAAGGUGAGGAUCCUGGCUCACAACUUUGAUCCAUCCAUUAACAUAGAAGAUGACUGAUUCAACAUCACUGACAAACUGGGGAACAGCAAGCAAUAGGUUAAAUAACAGAUGACUUAAAGGUGCACAUUUCCAGUUUUCCAAUUACAUGUAUUAACCUAUAACACUAAUGUGUAUCAUACAUGAUCAUUUUAUGAAUUUUUUCAUAGUAACAAACAUGAAUUAGUGCUAACAUUAAGUAGCCAACCAUCUGUACAUUUUUGUGUUUUUUAAUCACACCUUGUCUGUCAAUUGUCUUGUGCAAUUUCAUGUGAAAAUAUGACUUACUGCCUACUUACCAAAGAUGUGUUACAAAUUACAGCAAGAUGUUCUUAAUAAACAAAAUGUCACCAUAGUAAUAUGCUCUUUGAUAAUGAACCAAUGAU